UUCCUCUUCAGUCAGUUGGGUUACGGGGAGCCUAUCCACGUUGGAGCAGCAGCAGCAUCAACGCACUGUCAUCCUGUUGACAAAAUUCAAGCUGAGGAUAUAGUGAAAUAAUAAUUACGAGGAGAAGUCCAUCGCAGAGCGGGCCCUGUGAUCCAAUCCAGCUCAACUCUCCGCCACCCUAUUGAGGGUAAACUUGAACACUGCCUGACAAACACUCCCCAGAGAUUCCUGAGCUCCAUCCUGCUUUUCAGGUGAUAAACCCCUGCCUUUGAGAUUCCUCGACCCUUCAAAUAAUGGAGGACGGCUAUCAGAACAAGACAGCCUUUAUAAAGGGCGCCAAAGACAUUGCCAAGGAGGUCAAGCGCCAGGCAGGCAAGAAAGUGGGCCGCGGUGUGGACAAGAUGACCGACGAGUACAGCAAACGCUCAUACGCCCGCUUUGAGGAAGACGACGACGAUGACUACCCUGGAGUGCCUGGGGGGCAGGACGGUGGUUACUACCGGGGCGACAGCCAGGCAGCCAAUGACGAUGAAGGUGGCCACAGCGACUCCACAGAGGGCCACGACGAAGACGACGAGAUCUACGAGGGCGAGUACCAGGGCAUUCCCCGCGCUGACUCGAGCAAGGCUGCCGACAGCCUAGCAGGGGGAGAUGGGCAGCAGUUCAGGGACAUGGCACAGUUUGAGGGGGAACGGCGGAAGGAUCAAGAAGAGCUAGCCCAGCAGUACGAGACCAUCCUGCAGGAGUGCGGCCAUGGAAAGUUCCAGUGGACCCUCUACUUUGUGCUGGGGCUGGCCCUCAUGGCGGACGGUGUAGAGAUUUUUGUGGUGGGCUUUGUGCUCCCCAGCGCCGAGAAAGAUAUGUGUCUGUCAGAGGAAAGCAAGGGCAUGUUGGGUCUGAUUGUUUAUCUGGGAAUGAUGGUCGGUGCAUUCGUGUGGGGUGGGCUCGCUGAUCGGAUAGGCCGACGGCAGUCCCUUCUCAUCUGUCUCUCCAUCAACAGCGUAUUCUCCUUCUUCUCCUCCUUUGCCCAGGGUUACAGCACCUUUCUCUUAUGCAGACUACUUUCUGGUGUUGGGAUCGGUGGUUCCAUCCCCAUUGUGUUCUCCUACUACUCAGAGUUUCUGUCCCAGGAGAAACGUGGGGAGCACCUCAGUUGGCUCUGCAUGUUCUGGAUGAUUGGUGGCAUCUAUGCCUCAGCUAUGGCAUGGGCCAUCAUCCCACACUAUGGCUGGAGUUUCCAGAUGGGGUCAGCGUACCAGUUCCACAGCUGGCGUGUGUUCGUCCUGGUGUGUGCAUUUCCCUCUGUUGCGGCUAUUGCUUCUCUCACCACCAUGCCAGAAAGCCCGCGCUUCUUCUUAGAGAACGGCAAACACGACGAAGGCUGGAUGAUUCUGAAACAAGUUCACGACACCAACAUGAGAGCAAAGGGACACCCAGAGAAGGUGUUUUCCGUCACCACCAUCAAGACUGUAAAGCAGAUGGACGAGCUGGUGGACAUGGGAGGAGACAUAUCAACUUUGCGACGCUAUAAAUUGAAGCUGACCAGCCUAUUCCACCAGGUGCGGAGUAACUUCUUGGCCAUCUUCAAUCCAGAAUACAGAAGGACCACCUUCAUGAUGAUGGCUGUCUGGUUUACCAUGUCGUUCAGCUACUAUGGGCUGACAGUGUGGUUCCCUGACAUGAUCAAGUACAUCCAGAAGCAGGAAUAUGCCUCGCGCACCAAGUUCUUCACCAAGGAGCGAGUGGAGCAUGUGACUUUCAACUUCACCUUGGAGAACCAGGUGCACCGCCAAGGACAGUACUUCAACGACAAGUUCAUCAACCUUAAGAUGAAGUCCAUGGUGUUUGAGGACUCAUUGUUUGAGGAGUGCUACUUCGAGGACAUCACCUCUAGCAGAAGCUUCUUCAGAAACUGCACGUUCAUCUCAACCCUCUUUUACAAUACAGACUUGUUCCAGAACAGAAUCAUCAACAGCAAACUGGUAAACAGCACCUUCCUACACAACAAGGAAGGCUGUCUGCUGGACUUCACUGAUGACAACAACGCCUACAUGAUCUACUUUGUCAGCUUCCUGGGCACAUUGGCUGUGUUACCCGGCAACAUUGUGUCAGCCCUGCUGAUGGACAAAAUUGGACGUCUGAGGAUGUUGGCGGGAUCAAGUGUCAUAUCUUGUGUCAGCUGUUUCUUCCUGUCAUUCGGCAGUACCGAGUCGGGAAUGAUCGCCCUUUUAUGUCUCUUUGGCGGCAUCAGCAUAGCUUCCUGGAAUGCCCUGGAUGUGUUGACUGUAGAACUGUACCCCUCGGAUAAAAGGACCACUGCAUUUGGCUUCUUAAAUGCCCUUUGCAAGUUGGCUGCUGUCCUGGGCAUAAGCAUCUUCCAGUCCUUCGUAGGCAUCACCAAGGCUGUGCCCAUCUUGUUCGCUGCGGGAGCACUCGCUGCCGGCAGUUUCCUAGCACUAAAGUUGCCUGAAACACGGGGCCAGGUGCUGCAGUAGCACAAUUCACCACCAGAAGGCAGCGGAGUGUAGCUCCCGACCAACCGUACAAUCUCAGCCUUUAGCAAUCCAACGUUGCUCAUUAAA